CCCCCAUAUAAAAAUGCAAAAAGUUUCCUUUCCUUUCCUUUUUUUUUUUUUUGGUAAAAAAAAAAAGUAAAAGAAAAGGGGAAGAGAAACGAGAAUAGAGGGAGUGGAAUCUCUUUUGGAGAUGCAGUCAGAAUCAACGGCGGUGAUUGAAGAACCCCAUAUAUUUUUUUUAUAAAACACACAGAAAGUUCAACCUAUUCCAUUCAGUCAUCUCUAUUCUCUAGCCUCCACUCUAUUUCCGGCGCUCUCUGUGCGUGCCGCUGGCUCGCUCCUCCACACUGCUCAGCUGACAUUUAACAGAGCAAGAAGAAAAGACUAUCGCCGCCAUGUGUGGAAUCCUUGCAGUCUUCGGUUGCGUAGACAACUCCCAAGCCAAACGCUCCCGCAUCAUCGAGCUCUCCCGGAGGUUGAGGCACAGGGGUCCUGAUUGGAGUGGGCUGCACUGCUAUGAUGAUUGCUAUCUGGCUCAUCAGCGGUUGGCCAUUAUAGACCCUGCUUCAGGGGAUCAGCCACUUUACAACGAAGACAAGACUGUUGUCGUCACAGUUAAUGGGGAGAUAUACAACCACAAGGAGCUGCGGGAAAAAUUGACUUCCCAUCAGUUCCGGACUGGCAGUGACUGUGAAGUGAUUGCGCAUCUAUAUGAAGAGUAUGGAGAAGAUUUUGUGCACAUGUUGGAUGGGAUGUUUUCCUUUGUUCUUCUUGAUACACGUAACAAAACUUUCAUUGCAGCUCGUGAUGCAAUUGGUAUUACACCACUUUAUAUGGGUUGGGGCCUUGAUGGAUCGGUGUGGUUUGCUUCAGAAAUGAAAGCCCUGAGUGAUGACUGUGAGCGAUUUGUGUCUUUCCUGCCAGGGCAUAUUUAUUCGAGCAAGGAAGGUUUGUUCCUUGGAUUGGCAGCUUUAGAAUGCUUACAUUAUCUACACAAAGCUGAAAUUUUCUUAGCAAACGAAAAACACGAUAAUUUCUUGUCUCCUGCACUAGGUUGGUGCCAUUCUCGGCAUCCUUACUAUGGAUGCAGUAUCUAUGCUAGAGGGCGGAGAUUCAAUGUGCAUGCAAGUGGAGAAAAUGCUUCUUUUGUGCUUUCCCAUUCGAUAAUGGUACCAGCAACUGUUUUUUGUUUUGUUUUGUUUGAAUGCUAUCAGGAAGUCUUAGAAGGUGGUACAACCCACCAUGGUAUACGGAAGAAGUACCUUCGACCCCAUAUGAUCCACUAUAUUUACGGGAGGCCUUUGAGAAGGCAAGCGGUGACCAAACGGCUUAUGACGGAUGUACCAUUUGGUGUACUUCUCUCUGGAGGAUUGGAUUCUUCACUUGUUGCUGCUGUGGCUUCUCGAAAGAUGGCUGAAUUAGCAGCUGCUUGCCAGUGGGGAACACAAUUGCACACCUUUUGCGUUGGUUUGAAGGGUUCCCCUGACCUGAGAGCUGCUAGAGAGGUAGCUGAUUAUCUCCAUACUCGUCACCAUGAGUUCCAUUUUACUGUUCAGGAAGGGAUAGACGCCCUCGAGGAAGUCAUUUACCACAUUGAAACAUAUGAUGUGACCACUAUUAGAGCAAGCACGCCAAUGUUCCUUAUGUCUCGAAAAAUCAAGUCUCUAGGAGUGAAGAUGGUACUUUCUGGUGAAGGCUCAGAUGAGAUAUUUGGAGGCUACUUGUAUUUCCACAAGGCACCCAACAAGGAAGAGCUUCACAAAGAGACAUGUCGUAAGAUAAAAGCUCUGCAUCUUUAUGACUGCUUGAGGGCCAACAAGUCAACUUCAGCAUGGGGUCUUGAAGCUCGGGUACCCUUCUUGGAUAAAGAGUUCAUAAAUGUUGCAAUGAGCAUAGAUCCAGAAUGGAAGAUGAUCCGACCUAACAUUGGAAGGAUUGAGAAGUGGAUACUGCGUAAUGCAUUUGAUGAUGAGAAGAACCCUUACCUGCCAAAGCACAUACUGUACAGGCAGAAAGAACAGUUCAGCGAUGGAGUUGGUUAUAGCUGGAUUGAUGGCUUAAAGGAUCAUGCAAACAAUCAAGUUACAGAUGCAAUGUUGGUGAAUGCAAGUUUUGUCUAUCCUGAAAACACUCCUACUACGAAAGAAGCAUACUACUACAGGACUAUAUUCGAGAAGUUCUUUCCAAAGAAUGCUGCAAGGGCAACUGUACCUGGAGGUCCAAGUGUGGCUUGCAGCACAGCAACAGCAGUAGAAUGGGAUGCAGCUUGGUCCAAGAAUCUCGACCCAUCUGGCCGUGCUGCCAUUGGAGUGCAUGACGCUGCAUACGAGGAUGCUGCUAAGACUCCCUCUGCCAUGAAUGGUGCCUAAAUCGAUGACAUCCCCUAAGCACCAGCAAGCACAGAAGUGUGGUGUUAGUUUAGUUGGAGGAAAGAGCUAUAACUCGGAUUAGACCAGCAAGAAGGAAGGAGGUCUCAGUGCCCCAAAUCCUUUUUUAACUGUUCAAUCUCAACUUCCCUCUAGAGCUCACCUCAACCAGUACUAAUUUUCAGAAGUUGAUUGGCUGUGCAUAAUGUGAUAGAUGCAGCUUUGUUCUAUUUUCCAUUUAGGUUGUAAUUUGUGGUGAAUGGUUCUCGAGUUUCUCUUCUAAUGCAGAGUCCUAAGCAUGUUCUAGAUUCGCCCACUCGCUGAAUGCUUCCUGUGAAGCCACUGAUAGUACUCCCCUUUGGAUUCCAUACGCAUCGUCAAACUGCAAUGUCGUUGUAAACGUCGACUAGAGAUGUCUCUUCAUAUGACUAAUUCAUGUAAAUGCAUAUGAAAUUACC